CAUCCCUCUUCUUUCCUUGCAGGCGGCCAAGAUGAGCGCCGGAGGGGACACGGAGCGGGCCCCACAACUGUAUUUGGCGAAGGCGCUGUCCGGCCGGAGCCGCCGGGAAGCCCUGACCCAACAGAUGGGCCUCCACCCGCCCUACCUGGAGAGCUUCCUCAGGAUGCAGCACUACCUCCUCCACAUGGAUGGGCCCUUGCCCUUCGACUGCCGGCACUACAUUGCCAUCAUGGCUGCUGCCCGACACCGCUGCCGCUACCUGGUCAACCUCCACGUCCUGCAGUUCCUGCGUUUGGGGGGCGACCCCCUCUGGCUCCGAGGCCUGGACUACAUCCCCCCGAAGCUCCGGAAGCUCAGCGAGAUCAACAAGAUCCUGGCCCAUCGGCCCUGGCUGGUCGGCAAAGAACACAUCGAGAAGUUGCUGAAGACCGGAGAGCAGAGCUGGUCUCUGGCGGAGCUGGUGCACGCGGUGGUGCUGCUGGCCCACUACCACGCUCUGGCCAGCUUCGCCUUUGGCUGCGAGACGGACCUUUGCCCCGAAGGACGGGCUCUGCUCCGGCUGGGGCUGCCGGGGGGACUCUGCUUCUGCGACGCCGGGCACGGAGCCGGGACGGAGGGGCUGCCGCUCGGGCGCAAGCGGGUAUUCUUUCCAUGUGCUUUAACAUUUUGUACAUAUUUACUUUUGGCUGGAGGGGAUACUUCAAAAUCUAUCCAUACGUACGACGACUACGACUAUGCCGAGGUCAACCACCUCCUGGAGCGCCUCCUAAAGCUCUACAUCAAGACGGUCACCUGCUUCCCGGAAAAGAUGAACCCGGAGAUGUUUGAGCGCUUCUGGAAGCAGUUCAAGCACAGUGAAAAGGUCCACGUGAACCUGCUCAUCCUGGAGGCCCGCUUGCAGGCGGAGCUGCUCUACGCCCUGAGGGCCAUCACCCACCACAUGGUCUCCUAGGGCCUCCGUGGGCCACCUGCGCCGUGGCAUUCACCUGCCGUGUUUACUUCACAGCCUUCUCCGCCCCUUUCCCCCUUUCGAAGCGCUCUUCCAUCUUCAUGUGCAGUCACCGGGCGGAUGGGACCAAUUUGGGGGCGAAAGGGCCUCUGCGUCUUUCAUUUGAGGGUGCUUCCAUAGUUCGGACUUUGCCGUCCGUUCCGGUAUGAGAAACCAAGGAGGAGGUCAGAUCCCGUCCUUCCCUGGCGUCAUUCCUGCUGCUGAUGUUGUUCCUCGUUGUGCCAACUUGACUUCCGUUUCUGGACAUGGACCUUCUCUUGACCAUUGGGUUUGGGUUGGGGACAACUUUGGACAUGGGUUUCAAACUGGACUUCUUUGGAGUUUUGUCGAGGAGAGUAAGGCUUAUGCACAUUCAUCUCCUGCUGGUCUUUAUGGGGUUCUAAGAGUGCUCAGUUGGGGGGGGGGGGUAAACUACAAAUCCCAGAAGCCUUUCCUGGAGGGUCAGUGGGCUGUUCUGUUCCAGAAGUAAGGAAGGACCAAAACAGUUUGGAGAAAAUGUGUGUGUUUUUUAGCUAUUUGGACUAAUUACCAGAAACUAGGGAGGGUUUUGGAAGUUGUAGUCCCAGAAAAAAUCACUCCUUCUUCCCAAAAGGAAUCCCAUUGGGGGUCUCUUUCCAAACCUUUCUACUGCCGGUCCCUUGCUCACAUGGCAGACUGCCGUCUCGCUGCGAAGGGCCCCUGAUGCCUCCAAAGACACUCCAUUCGUGGCUUUGUU